UUGAUUCAUAUACUAAUAUCUACAACAACGCUAGUCUUGAGGUCGGCGCAUGGGUCGUGGGUCCUUGUUUGUAGUACGCGAACCAUUCGCGCGACACGGCCUGCCACGCACCAAGACGAGCCAGUCGUUCGCCAAGUGUGUUGGGUUACCUUGUUGCAAGAAGAACCGCGAGAUCUACAAGUGUCUGCGGGUGAAACCACGCAAUUUUUGACCUUGAGUCAUGAAUGA